UGCUGCUGAUGUAAUCGCCCGGCUUUUAGACUGAAAGGCAGAGUCGAUGGAGCAUCAUCCUGUUUAUCCGCUGCCAUCCUCCUCCUUCUCUUACGCCGUCAACAGUCUCCAAUUCUCGUCUAAUUGACAUCGGACCUUGAAGCUGAGGCGAAUAACGACCUCCCUCCAUCUCUCCUCCCCGGAGCACCGUGUGGGCACGUCCUGGGAGGGAGGCUGUAGGAAGGCGGGCUAAACACCACCAGGGCGGCAAACAGCGGAUUUUGGUGCCGGGUAUUAUCGAGGUGCUGCCAUUUGUCGUGUGUGUUUAGACACACAGAUCUUCAGUGCUGCUACCCGCUUCCACAGCCACCUAUAACAUGGCGGGGGCCUCGGUGAAAGUGGCGGUGAGGGUCAGACCCUUCAACUCCAGAGAGAUGGCCAAGGAGAGCAAAUGCAUCAUUCAGAUGUCAGGAAACACCACAACAAUCCUGAACCCCAAACAGCCAAAGGAAAACAAGAGUUUCAACUUUGACUACUCCUACUGGUCUCACACCACGCCUGAGGACAUCAACUAUGCCUCACAGAUGCAGGUGUACAAGGACAUUGGCGAGGAGAUGCUGCUUCACGCCUUCGAGGGCUACAACGUGUGCAUAUUUGCAUACGGACAGACUGGAGCGGGCAAAAGCUACACCAUGAUGGGGCGACAGGAGACGGACCAACAGGGCAUCAUACCUUUGCUCUGUGAGGACCUUUUUACUAAGAUCAGUGACAGCAACAAUGACAACAGCAUGUCUUACUCUGUGGAGGUGAGUUACAUGGAAAUCUACUGUGAGCGUGUGCGUGACUUGCUCAACCCAAAAAACAAAGGGAACCUACGCGUAAGGGAGCACCCACUGAUGGGACCAUAUGUGGAAGAUUUGUCCAAACUGGCUGUCACCUCUUACAACGACAUCCAGGACCUGAUGGACUCUGGAAACAAAGCCAGGACCGUUGCUGCUACAAACAUGAAUGAGACCAGCAGCCGCUCUCACGCUGUCUUUAACAUCAUCUUCACUCAGAAGAAAUAUGACUCUGAGACUGACAAUACAUCUGAAAAGGUCAGUAAGAUCAGCCUGGUGGACCUGGCUGGUAGCGAGCGCGCCGACUCCACCGGAGCAAAAGGAACCAGACUUAAGGAAGGAGCCAACAUCAACAAAUCUUUGACUACAUUGGGCAAAGUUAUUUCUGCUUUAGCUGAGCUGGACUCAGUACCAAACAAGAACAAAAAGAAGAAGAAGGUGGAAAGUUUCAUUCCGUACAGAGAUUCGGUCCUGACGUGGCUGCUGAGGGAGAAUCUAGGUGGAAACUCUCGUACGGCUAUGGUGGCUGCUCUCAGCCCUGCUGACAUCAACUAUGAUGAAACACUCAGUACCCUCCGAUAUGCUGAUCGUGCCAAACAGAUCCGCUGCAACGCCGUCAUCAACGAGGACCCGAACAACCGUUUGGUGCGCGAGCUGAAAGAGGAAGUGGCCCGCCUCAAAGACCUGCUGUAUGCUCAGGGCCUGGGUGACAUUAUCGAGACGUAUCGAUGCAGCGGCCCCAUCAUCAGUGGUUUGAAAUACCUGUGCGAUUACAAGAACUUUGCCAAUGAUCGUCAGGCUGUCAAUCAAAGGGGUGCUCUCUCCGCAGUGACCAAUGCCAUGACAGGAAUGAGCCCCUCUCCGUCGCUGUCGGCGCUGUCUAGUCGCGCCGGCUCUAUCAGCAACCUCCACGAUCGCAUCUUUAGCCCGGCGAGUGAAGAGGCCAUCGAGAGGCUCAAGGAAACAGAGAAAAUCAUUGCAGAACUCAAUGAGACGUGGGAGGAGAAACUUCGACGUACUGAGGCCAUUCGCAUGGAGAGAGAGGCUCUACUGGCUGAGAUGGGGGUUGCCAUGAGAGAAGAUGGAGGCACUGUUGGUGUUUUCUCCCCCAAAAAGACGCCGCAUCUGGUCAACUUGAAUGAGGAUCCACUGAUGUCGGAGUGUCUGCUUUACUACAUCAAAGACGGCAUCACCAAGGUCGGACGUGAGGAUGCCAAGACUCGCCAAGACAUUGUCCUGAGCGGCCAUUUUAUCCGAGAUGAACACUGCACCUUCAGCAGCACCACAGGCCCUCAGGGAGAAGGUUGCGUUGUUCUGGAGCCAUGUGAGGACGCAGAGACGUACGUCAAUGGCAAGAGAGUAACCUCUCCCACUGUGCUACGCUCGGGCAACCGCAUCAUCAUGGGUAAGAGCCACGUGUUUCGCUUCAACGACCCUGAGCAGGCCCGGCUCGAGCGCGAGAGGACGCCGUGCGCCGAGACACCCGUGGAGCCUGUUGACUGGGCCUUCGCUCAGAGAGAGCUGCUGGAGAAACAAGGCAUUGACAUGAAACAGGAGAUGGAGCAGAGGCUUCAGGAGCUUGAAGAUCAGUAUCGCAAAGAAAGAGAAGAGGCUAGUAUAUUGCUGGAGCAACAGAGGCUGGACUAUGAGAGUAAGCUGGAGGCUCUUCAGAAGCAGGUGGACUCUCGCUACCUGGAGUCACCAGAGGAAGAAGAGGAGCCUGAGGAGGAAGUGCCAUGGACCAAAAGGGAGACCGAGCUUGCUCUAUGGGCUUUCAGGAAAUGGCGCUUCUACCAGUUCACUUCACUCCGGGAUCUACUUUGGGGAAACGCCAUCUUCCUUAAGGAGGCUAACGCUAUAAGUGUGGAGCUAAAGAAGAAGGUGCAGUUCCAGUUUGUCCUGUUGACCGACACACUUUACUCGCCCUUGCCUCCUGAUCUGCUGCCUCCAAGCGAGACCAAGGAGAGGGAGAGACGGCCUUUCCCUCGAACCAUUGUGGCCGUGGAAGUGCAGGAUCAAAAGAAUGGAGCUACGCAUUACUGGACUCUGGAGAAGCUCAGGCAGAGACUGGACCUGAUGAGGGAAAUGUAUGACCGUGCGGCAGAGCUCCCUAGCAGUGCCGUAGAGGACUGUGACCAUGCCCUCACCGGCGGCGACCCUUUCUAUGACCGCUUUCCAUGGUUCCGUCUGGUGGGAAGGGCGUUUGUGUACCUGAGUAACCUGCUGUAUCCUGUGCCGCUGGUGCAUCGUGUGGCCAUUGUGAGUGAGAAGGGGGAGGUGAAGGGCUUCCUAAGAGUGGCUGUGCAGGCCAUUUCAGCGGAUGAGGAAGCUCCAGAUUACGGUUCAGGUGUGAGGCAGUCAGGCACUGCUAAGAUCUCCUUUGAAGAUAAACAGUUUGAGAAGUUUCAGACAGAGUCAAUCACAGGUAGCCUUUCCCACUCGAACACCUCUCAGGAGGAGCUCCGCAUUGUGGAAGGAGAGGGUCAGAAUGUGGAGAUGGGCAUCUCUGCAGAUGAAGUCAACAACAACACUUGCGAAGCCACUCCAGAACCUCCACCGAGCCCUGUGAAGAGCUCAGGACUGGGUCUGGAUCUCCCUCUGGAACUCUCACCAGAAAAGGCUCUGUCACACCUGAAGAUAGGCAGCACCUUCACCUUCAGAGUGACCGUCUUACAGGCCUCCAGCAUCUCAGCCGAGUACGCUGACAUCUUCUGUCAGUUCAAUUUCAUCCACCGCCACGAUGAAGCGUUUUCCACCGAGCCAUUGAAGAACACUGGCAGGGGACCACCCCUUGGCUUCUACCAUGUCCAAAAUAUCACAGUGGAGGUGACCAAGUCAUUUGUGGAGUACAUCAAGACACAACCUAUUGUCUUUGAGGUGUUCGGUCACUAUCAAAAGCAACCUUUCCCACCACUCUGCAAAGACUUAAUUAGUCCACUGAGACCUUCCAGAAGGCAAUUCCCCAGAGUGAUGCCUUUGUCCAAACCAGUGCCGGCCACCAAGCUCAGCACUCUAACCCGCUCCACCGCCGGACCUUGUCACUCUAAAUAUGACCUCAUGGUCUUCUUUGAGAUCUGUGAGCUGGAAGCAAGCGGAGAUUACAUACCAGCUGUUGUUGACCACAGAGGUGGGAUGCCCUGCCAUGGUACUUUCCUCCUACAUCAGGGUAUUCAGAGGAGGAUCACAGUCACCAUAGCUCAUGAGAAUGGAAACGACAUUGAAUGGAAGGAAGUGAAGGAGCUGGUCAUUGGUCGUAUCCGGAACACCCCUGAGGCUGAUGAGACCAUCAUAGACCCCAACAUUCUCUCCCUCAACAUUUUGUCUUCUGGAUAUUUCUGGCCAAAACAUGAUGACAAUGUCUCCUUGGGAGUUGAUCAUAGAACCUUCUAUCGCUUUGAAGCAGCAUGGGACAGCUCCAUGCACAACUCCCUCCUCCUGAACAGAGUCACCCCCUAUGGAGAGAAGAUCUACAUCACUCUCUCGGCUUAUCUGGAGAUGGAGAACUGCACUCAGCCGACAGUCAUCACCAAAGAUUUCUGCAUGGUUUUUUACUCCCGUGACACGAAACUUCCAGCGUCUCGUUCCAUCAGAAAUCUCUUCAGCACGGGCUGCCUCAGGCCUUCAGAGAGUAACCGCGUCACUGGGGUCUAUGAGAUGACUCUCUGCUACGUGGCGGACAAUGGAAGUCCAGGCAUGCAGCGGCGUCGCCGGCGUGUACUGGACACUUCGGUGGCGUACGUCAGAGGAGAGGAGAACCUGGCCGGAUGGCGCCCUCGCAGUGACAGCCUCAUUUUAGACCAUCAGUGGGAGCUGGAGAAACUCAGCUUACUUCAGGAGGUGGAGAAGACUCGCCACUACCUGUUACUUCGAGAGAAACUGGAAGCAACCUUGCAGGCUGGACAGGAUGCCCUCUACAAGAGCGUCGACAUCAGUGACUUUGCAAAGAGUCCUGUCCUUAGCCAGAGUCCUGUAAGCAGCCCAGCACCGGACAGCCCCAACCAGAGGCAGAGGGAGCUGGCUGCCAAGUGUCUGCGUCUGCUGAUGCACACCUUCAACAGGGACUACAGCCAGGUGAGCAGCAGUGCCAGUGAGAGCAAGCUCUCUGAGAUGUCGGCGUCUCUGAUGAGGGGAGAAUCAUCCUCCACGCUGAACACGCUCACUCCGUCAUCCACUUGCCCCUCACUGAUUGAGGGACACUACGAUAUCAGACACACUGAGCCCGGUUCAGGAGCAUCCACCCCUGAUCUGGACCCGUUUAGCCCGGUGGACAGAAAAAAGUCUCUCAAAGGCUGCAGCUUUGUUCCAGACAUACAGGAGAUAAGAGUCAGCCCCAUCGUGUCAAAGAAAGGCUACCUGCACUUCCUGGAACCCCACACUAGCGGCUGGGUCAAACGCUACGUGGUGGUACGCCGGCCUUACGUUUACCUAUAUCGCAGUGAGAGGGACAGCGUGGAGCGAGCUGUCAUCAACCUUUCGUCGGCCAAGGUGGAAUACAGUGAAGACAAACAGACGUUGCUGCGGACCCCAAACACGUUCACCGUGUGCACAGAGCAUCGUGGGAUACUCCUCCAAGCCAACAACGACAAAGAGAUGCACGACUGGCUUUAUGCUUUUAAUCCUCUGUUGGCGGGUACCAUCAGGUCCAAACUAUCAAGGAGAAAGUCUGUUCAGUCAGUGCCGGCUGCCCAGCGGAUGUGAGAAUAGAAGGGCCUGUAGCGACAAAUGACCAACACACACACACACAGUGAUACAAUCUAAACACCACCAACUCACUAUCCUACUCCACCAACCAUAUAAAUACACUUUUACAUAAAUUACAGCAUUGAAAUAACCUUCUACGUAUAUAUACUUAACACCAUUACUCGAUAGCUCACUGUUAACAAGCCUGCAUGGUGACAAAGCAGUGUAUAGUCAUAUGCCCCAUGUAAUCAUUCAGCUAGUGAUGGUUGUUAAGCGGAGAUGCUAAUUCACUUGUAUUUCUACACAGCGCCACCUAGUGGGGUGAGGUUUUUCUGCGUUUUAUGUGCAGGGAUGCGAGUCUGAGUGUUGUUUCCCUGUGGAGAGAACAAGUGUUGUUCAAGUAGCAAGCAGCAUUCAUUAGGACGAAAGGGUCUAUUGUUGUUUUUUUCUGGAGCUAAAUAUCAGCAAUUACAUGUUUUGCCUUUAAAAACAAAAUCCCUAUUUACUGUUGCUUUAUACUUUUAUUUACUCGUGACGGAAGUACUGACCAAUUUUGUUGCACGGCACUUUAUUGCCCUGGUUGAGUUAAUGUGUUGCAUUAUUCACUCGGUUGUUGUAUAACCAAAGCCUUGUUUUUAUCGUUUUCUUGUGCUACCAAACCUCCUCCUUCUUUUUAAUCAAGAGAAUAAAAUUUUAAUUACAAAGCUAGAGACACAACAAACAUGUUUAAACUACUGUACUGGUAAUAAUAUACAUAUACACCUGGUGAGUUAUGUGUAUAAAUUGUAUUAAACGACCAGGCGCAGUAACAUUAAAGGUAAAGGCAAAUGAAUACAAAAAUCAGUCGGAGGAAUUUUCGCAAUGAUGUAAAGCAAAUGUUCAUAUUUACAGACAAAUCAUUCUAUGUGAAUUCCUUCUACAGCAGCAACAAGCACUUAUCCUAUAUUUAAUGUGACAGUAGAGUAGCUGCUUUACAUCUAUAGAGUUCAUGUCAUUUCUCCAUUGGUAGCAACAAAAAGGAAUUCCAAGUGGACCUGUAAUGAUUUGUAAUGCCUGAGCCUUUCCCCUAAUGGAGAAUUUAGUAGGAUUUCAUACAAAAACGUCAUUUGUGAAAGAAUUUUGCCGUAUUUCCACUUUUUUGUGAAUUGAUGGCAGUGAAAUAACAAAAAAAAAGUAGCGUUACCAUGACAACGUGCAAUACCACAAGGAACACAUGAGACAUCAUAUGGAUUUUACUCCAUGUAACAAUCCACGCUUUAUCGGAAUAUUUGUUACCCGGUUGAGUUGCUUGUUUUUGUAGGAAUUCCGACUAAAUUCUUCUGCGAUCAUUAAAAAGAGGGCAAGUCCAUGCACCAGCUAGUGCCUCCCCCGUUCCUCCACUUCCUGUUCCUAAUGUGUGAGACUAGCUUGUAUGUAUGUAGGCCGACGUACUAAGUACUCUGACAUUUCUAAGAUAUCAUUGAAGCUCUCUUGUAUGUCGUCGUAGCCUGUAAUGUAGGGUACCGUCGCUAAACUAAAAAGCCACGUCGUUUGUUGCUGUAGCUUGCUAUUUGACAAAGUACAUUAUUCAAAAUAAGCUUAUUAAUAGAUGCUUUUUAUAUGUCUUUGCUGCACUGUAAUGACCCAAAACUUUAAAUGUUAAAAAAAUUGUGUGUGUGUAUUUGAUUGUAUUUUUUUAAACAAGGGACAUGGUCUGCCAACCAUUUGGUCUUUUCUCAGCUGCUUCCUGUUUACAUGCUCCAGGCCAGCCAACCUGUUGAGCAAUGUAGCCUCAUUUAAGACCCUUGAAAUGCACAACACUGCAAAAAAAAAUAAUAACAAUAAUGUGAUUAUUUUUUCACAUUUUGGGUCAUUCUGGUGCGGUCACUUGUUUCUGUUUCGGCAAAAUUCUUAACAUAUGACUCUUAUAUAAAAGAUGAAUGGAAAGAUUUAUUUGUGAAGUUGUGAAUAGAAUAUAAUGCACUAUUUAUUUAAGUAGGAUCAUGCACAUAAUCUUGCUUUAUUCAGUAUUAUUUCACAAGAAUGUGAUGUCUUUUUUUGGUAGACUGACUUUCCAAUCAUACAUUUUGGUGCAAUGCUUUGUUUAUGUUGGCUGCUUCUUAGCACGGGAUCGGAGCAUGCAGGUCCACUUGCUCGUAUAUAAGCAACCUCCCCCUCCUCCUUCUCUCUUAAAUACUGGUGUAAAGUUUAUUGUCAUUCAUGAUCUUUGUAAUGAAACCUCCCUCUUGGCUGUGUAUUGCAUAUAAACAAAGAUGCGCGUGCUGAGUCUCUUUAAACAGAUGCUAUUAGUGUAUCUCUCUUCUCCCACUGUAUGUCACCCUUCAUGAGAACAAAAAUAGAAAUAACUGGCCUGUUACAAGUCUUGCGGGCUGAUCGUGGAAUGGUUUGAUCAGUGCGGUGGUCUCUGUGGACCAGUCUAUUCAGACCUGCAUCUCACUUUUAUCUUUUCAUUAUUCUGGAGGUUUCGCCAUGUGUGUGGACACCUAACUAAUGUCAAGAAAAAAACCCCAAGACAAAUAAAUAAAUGAGUGUUCAAAA